AACUGUGACCCCCAUUUCUUCUUGCCCCCACUUUUUUUUUUUUUUGACAAAUGACAACGAAAGUGAUCUCCACACCACUCGACACAUUUAGCAUUUCGCUUAUAAAUACUUCACUUCACCAUGCUAUUUGUGUGUAUGCAGCUUCCUGAACUUUUCUUUCUUUUAAACAAAAAUACACUUUGUUUGCUUCUCAUUUAUAUGACCCUUUCGUAUCCUAGUUUUCAUCAAUAAAAGGCAACUUAUAAAGAGUACGGCACUUGCUGUCUAGAGCAGAACAUCUUAAAAACAAACUCUUUCAGUUUGCCGCGUCCAACAAAUCUUUAUACACUAACAAGGUUACUUCAACAUGAUGUCAAUUUGCAAACAACUUCAACCGACCGUACAUAUCCCGCCAUGUGGGCUGAACCUAGAAGCCUUCAACUCCCGGCGUCAGACGAACAAAGUGGUAAUCGUAAUGGGAGCGACGGGGACCGGAAAGUCGAGGCUUUCGGUCGACCUGGCGACCCGUUUCCAUGCGGAGAUCGUUAACUCGGACAAAAUGCAAGUCUACGAAGGCUUGGAAAUCACGACGAACAAGAUCACCAAGGAAGAGCAGUGCGGCGUGCCGCACCAUUUGCUUGGGGCGGUGCAGAACCCGAAUGCGGAUUUCAGCGCCGACGACUUCUCCGACGCGGCCUCGAUCGCGAUCGAGUCGAUCGUCGACCACGGCAGGCUCCCGAUCAUCGCGGGAGGCUCCAACUCUUACAUCGAACACCUGGUGGACGUCCUGGACUACAGCUUCAGAGCAAAGUACGAGUGCUGCUUCCUCUGGGUGGACGUUUCGAUGCCGGUACUCCACCCGUACGUUUCGAAACGCGUCGACGAAAUGGUCCGAAACGGGAUGGUGGAGGAAGUGAGAAAAAUGUUCGAUCCGAACGCGAGCUAUUCCAAGGGGAUCAGGAGGGCGAUCGGGGUACCGGAAUUUGACAGGUAUUUCAGAGACGAAAAGCUCUACGACGAGAAAACUAGGGCUAGGGUUUUGCAAGAAGCCAUUAACGAGAUCAAGGACAACACUUGUAAGCUGGCGUGUCGACAAUUGGGGAAAAUCCACCGCCUCAGGAACAGGGAUGGAUGGACCCUACACCGCCUUGACGCGACGGAGGUUUACCGAAGGCGGGGGAAUGAGGCGGAGCAGGCGUGGAAGAGACACGUGGCGGCGCCCAGCGCCGCCAUAGUCGAUGAAUUUCUAAGGAGUUUUGCGCCGGCGGUGAAACGUCACGCCAUGAGAGUGCCGGCGAUGGCUGCAGCUGCGUCUCAUUAGACAAACAAACCUUAAUGCGUUUGGACAGUAAAAACUCGAAUUAAAAACUCGGAAGGACUCUAAAUUUUUGGUAUCAAAGCCUAUUUAUUAUGUACUUUUUCUUUUUUUAAUGUAAAAUAAUA